AUGCCCGUCGCUGCUCUCGCCUCUUCCGUCUCGCGAUCUCUAUUCUCGUCUUCGUUGCGCCGUGCCGCUUAUACUCCUACCACUAUCCGCCCUGUUCGCGCUUCAUUCGGUGCUAUUCAAACCAUCUCCCCAUUCGCAGUCCGCACAAUGGCUUCCUCUACUCAGAAGAUCAAGGUCAAGAACCCCGUCGUCGAGCUCGACGGUGACGAGAUGACCCGCAUCAUCUGGCAGGUCAUCAAGGACAAGUUCAUCCACCCCUACCUCGACAUCGACCUCAAGUACUAUGAUCUCGGUCUUGAGUACCGUGACGAGACCAACGAUCAGGUCACCAUUGAUGCUGCCGAGGCCAUCAAGAAGUACUCUGUCGGUGUCAAGUGUGCUACCAUCACUCCCGAUGAGGCUCGUGUUGAGGAGUUCAAGCUGAAGAAGAUGUGGCUUUCUCCCAACGGCACCAUCCGAAAUGCCCUUGGCGGUACCGUCUUCCGUGAGCCCAUUGUCAUCCCCCGUAUCCCCCGUCUUGUUCCUGGCUGGAAGAAGCCCAUCAUCAUUGGCCGUCACGCCUUCGGUGACCAGUACCGCGCCAAGGAUGCUGUCCUGCCCGGUCCUGGUAAGCUCUCCAUGGUCUACACCCCCGAGGGUGGCCAGCCCGAGGAGAUUGAGGUCUUCCAGUUCAAGGAGGGAGGUGGUGUUGCCCAGACUCAGUACAACACCGACGAGUCCAUCACUGGAUUCGCUCACGCUUCUUUCAAGCUCGCUAUUGACAAGGGUCUCCCUCUCUACAUGAGCACCAAGAACACCAUCCUCAAGAAGUACGAUGGUCGCUUCAAGGACAUCUUCCAGGAGAUCUACGACACCACCUACAAGAAGGAUUUCGAGGCCAAGAAGAUCUGGUACGAGCAUCGCCUCAUUGACGACAUGGUCGCCCAGAUGAUCAAGAGCUCCGGUGGUUACAUCAUGGCUCUUAAGAACUACGAUGGUGAUGUCCAGUCCGACAUUGUCGCCCAGGGCUUCGGCUCUCUCGGUCUCAUGACCUCUGUCCUCAUCACCCCCGAUGGCAAGACCUUCGAGUCUGAGGCUGCUCAUGGCACCGUCACUCGCCACUACCGUGAGCACCAGAAGGGCAAUGAGACCUCCACCAACCCCAUUGCCUCCAUCUUUGCCUGGACCCGUGGUCUUAUCCAGCGUGGUAAGCUCGACGACACUCCCGAGCUCGUUGCCUUCGCCGAGAGCCUCGAGCAGGCCUGCAUUGACACUGUCGACAUCGACGGUAUCAUGACCAAGGAUCUUGCCCUUGCCACUGGCAAGUCUGAGCGCAAGGACUAUGCCACCACCAACGAGUACCUUGAUGCUGUUGAGCGCCGCCUCAAGAAGACCCUCAAGGAGAAGCUGUAA